CUCCGUUUUAGGGCUUUCAGAAAUCAAUUUGGUGAAGUAGAAAUUCGAUGAAGGUCCGAUCCGGUUCCGAUCUCCAGUUUAUAUGCGCGUGAAUUGUCUCCGAUCGGAAAUUGUUUCUUGGUCCACUCCGAUCGAACUUAUUCUUCGAUUUUUUCGAGGAUCAGUUGCUUCACUUCUUGCAGGAGAUGUCUUCGGCUCAAGAUCCUUUCUAUAUCGUAAAAGAGGAGAUUCAAGAAUCUAUCGAUAAAUUGCAAUCUAGCUUUCAGCAAUGGGAGCGAAUUGCUCCUGAUACUGGGGAACGACUGAAUCUCACCAAAGAGCUGCUUGCUAGUUGUGAGAGCAUUCAGUGGCAGGAAGGUGGAUGAAUUGGACAAAGCAAUUGCUGUGGCUGCAAGAGACCCUGCUUGGUAUGGGAUUGAUGAAGUGGAACUUGAAAAAAGAAGAAGAUGGACAAGCACCGCCCGAGCACAGGUAGGCAAUGUGAAAAAAGAUGUUGUAGCUGGGAAGGAGAAUGGUAAUAGCGCAAGUGCAAUGCACAGAGAAUUGAUGAGGCUUCCAAAUUCUCAUCAGCCUGAUAAAUCCAAUGAUUACUAUGACCGGGACAAUGAUGAUUUUAUAGCAUCAGAAUCAGAUAGACAAAUGCUGCUUAUAAAGCAGCAAGAUGAGGAAUUGGAUGAGCUUAGUGCGAGCGUUCAGAGAAUUGGUAACGUUGGACUUACUAUACAUGAAGAACUCAGUGCACAAGAGAAGAUCAUAGAUGAGUUGGGCACGGACAUGGAAAGUACAUCGAAUCGUCUUGAUUUUGUUCAGAAAAAAGUGGCCAUGGUCAUGAAGAAGGCUAGUGCUAAGGGGCAGAUUAUGAUGAUACUAUUUUUACUUGUUUUGUUCAUCAUUCUAUUCAUUCUUGUUUUCUUUACUUAGUCUCUAAACCGGGCUGUUCUCUCAUAUCUAUACGCCAGAGACGGACAUGAUCAAUGGAGUUAAUAUGGGGCUUAAAGCAUACAAGCGGCAAAGAACAGAAGAAUGAAGAAUUCGCCAGUGUGAUCUUGCAGUGGUUGAAUAAAUGUUACUAUUGGAUACGCUAGAGAAAGAAAGAUCUGCAAUUUUUAGGUCUUUUGACUAUUUUAAGACAGCUUAUAUUACUCAUACCUUAAGUUUUUUGGCCUGUGGUGUUUAUGUAAUUGUCUGUAGCUUAUAUAUUGUUCAUCCCUUGUGUUCUUCAGCAACAAUUAACCGUUACAGAUGAGUCCGAAUGCUGAAAUCUGUUAAUUUGGCUGCAUUUCGUUUCCUUUUCUUUCACGCCAAUCAUAUAGAUGU